AUGACUUGGCAUUUCAAUCUCCCCGCACGAGUCAACUCUAACGACUCCGCAAUGUCGGUCCCUCAUUACUUCAUCCUUAACAACCAUGCGUCGAGUCAAGAAAUCCCGCAACGGGUGUUCCCGAUGCAAAAUGCCCUGGUGCUUGUGUGGGACUCCCCAGCUAACGCAGAUCCACAGGUGAAGUGCGGAGAGGAGAAACCUCACUGCAAUCGCUGUACUCGCCUAGGGGUCCGAUGCCCCGGUUAUGUACAGUCCCUGAAAUGGGUUACUAAAUAUGAAGAGCCCAGUCCUGGCGCAUCGUCCGAUGGGAAGGCCUUGAGUCCUGCGCCUCCUCAAGGUCAAAUAUCACCGAAACAACCUUCGCUCCCGACACAGCAGAUCCUACCCACUGACGACCCCAUCGGCGGGCCUUCGCAUGAUUUAGAAUCUUCGGGGUUUGGCCUCGAUGAAUCAAAUUCACUUUGUGAUCACCUGUGGGACCUACCAGGCAACGGAUCCUUGCCUGAACUGUCUGAUCUAUGCCCAUCCCCAAUCCCGAUAUCAUCGGCAUUCCAGCAGUCUCAUCAGGCAGUCGAUGACUUUAUCUCAUCUGCAGACAAUGCAGUGGACCUCUCACACUUCCUCUCCCUGAUCGGACCAACAAACAACGAGGAAGAAGGAGGAGGGGGAGGGACAGGCAGUAUAUACCGUGAUUUUUCCCCAUCGGCCAUUGUACGAAGCUAUCCGCCCGCACCGCAACGAUCAACAUCUCGCGACUUCAUGUCAAUCUCCCGACCACUAAACAACCCAUCAUGGACACUCAUCGAGUACUACUUCAAAGAGGUCGCAGCCCUCUUCUCCAGCUACGACAGCCAAAUGAAUCCAUUCCGCACAACAGUCUCACGCCUAUGGGGCUCAUCACUAGCAAUGUGCCGCACAAUGCAAAGCAUGGCCGCGGCAACUCUAGUAAACGACUUCCCUCAAUUCGGACCCCUAGGCCGCAAAAUGCGAGACGAGGCCGUGGAAAUAAUAACCCGCGAAGCAGUCAUGGACGACAAAGCCCUCCUAGCCCUCCUCAUGCUCGGCCAAACAGCAAGCUGGCACGAUCCCAAGGACCUGGGUAUAUCUUUCUUCAACCUCCUUCGCAAGCAACUGACCACAAUCGGAUCAUCAACCACUCCAGACUUCGGCUUCGUCAAAAGCACAAGUAACAACUACCGCUUCUUCGAAGAAGCGCUUAUAUACUGGGAAAUGCUGCUCUCCUUCGUCGCGGAUACAGACAUCGUCUCUACCGCACCCUGGACGGGUAUCGCUCGCGACACCCAAUUCACAGUCCACGAAGUAGGUCGAUUAGUCCGACGUGAACGGCAACGCGUCCGAGCACGCAGAUUCACCUCGCAGGAAGAAAUCGCCCGCGCUCAAAUUGCCAUUGAGAAAGCGCGAGAAUUGGAAGAAAGACUUCUCGCUCUGGCGCAUCCUACUGAGGCGGAAAUCGUCUCGCCCGGUGACGACGAAACGCCCGUCUGGCAUCUACUCACUAUGGCGGAGGUUUAUCGUUGUACGGGAUUAAUGCAGUUAUAUCGCGUUUUUCCUGAUUUACUUCGCAAUCGUCUACCUAAUUCCGCAUCAUCAUCGUCCACUUCGGCUCGAGACCCGUUCUUCCCGAUUGAUCUGGACAGUAUGAAUAUGUCAGCUGGAGGGGGAUUCUGCGAUACACAUACAAAUCCGGGUUCGGCUCGAGGAGGUCCAUCAGGAAAUCAAACGCACCAUUCAACACAGCCCUCGCCCUCUACAACAAAUACCUUCACAAAUACAAAUACAAAUACAGACACCGACCCCGACGAUUCAGAAUCCCUAUAUAACAACUGGCUCACAGAAUUCGCCAUAACAACCCUCUCCCGCCUAAAAACCAUCCCCCUCGAAUCUCGCACAAGAUGUUUACAACCUUUCCUCCUCGUCGCAGCGAGCAGCGAGCUUCGUCUCCCACGUUCAACAUCACACCUACCUCACACUUCCCACGAUUCCCCACAAAGUCGAACUCGAAGUCGAACUCAACACCACCAUCAGCCUCAAACUCCAGACGAUCUCGAAAACAACCACGACGACGAUACCGAACAACCAAGUAUAUCAAUGGAAGCCAUCGAAAUUUCCCGAACAAGAAGAUUCAUCCUCGGCAGACUAACCUCAUUCCUACAUGUCCUCCCGCCAAAACCGAUUAAUGUCUGUCUGAGGUUGGUUAGGGAGGUAUGGAAGCGGAUGGAUGCGGGGGAGACAGAUGCUUAUUGGAUUGAUGUUAUGAUUGAGAAGGGGUGGGAGACUACCAUGGGGUGA